AUGAUGUCAAAGAAGGAAUGGCAGUUGGCGCUGGAGAGUCUUGACAAGAAAGUGGUGAACGGAAACAAAGAGAUCAAAGAUAUGAUAAAGGAUAUGGUGAAGGAUUUUAAAGAGACACUUAAAUCAGAGGUGGCAGAGCUAACUAAGAGUAUUGAUGAGGUCGAGAAAAUUAAGCAAGCUACAGUGUCUUCCCAGUCAUCAGGUGACUGUGCUGAUAUCAUUGGAGGGAAAGAAUCAAAUGCAAAUUCAAGACCUUAUAUGGCCUUUAUCAAGGGACCAAAAUCCUGUGGAGGAACUUUGAUCCAUGAAAACUGGGUGCUAACAGCAGCUCAUUGUCUUAUAACACCGCAAACAACUGUUAUUCUUGGUGCUCAUUCGCUAUCUAACCAUGAGAAUGGAAAGCAAACCUUUCGAAUUAUUAGGUUUUUUCGUCACCCAUCUUAUAGCUCCCUCCCACUGCAAAACGACAUUAUGCUUUUGCAGCUUAAUGGAAAAGCAAGAAUUAAUCGAUAUGUGCAAACCAUUCAACUUCCUAAAACUUUUGGAGAUAUCAGAGAAGGAACACAGUGUCUAGUCGUUGGAUGGGGGAAAAAUGAAAAAGAAUGGAUAUCUGAUAGGCUGCGUGAAGUUAAUGUAUUUGUCAAGAACAGAGGAUCCUGCCAAAGGAAGUAUAAUAGCAAUUAUCCUGUGACACUCAACAACCUGUGUGCAGGUGGUUUUCAGAAUAAAAGACAAGGUACUUGUAAGGGUGACUCUGGUGGGCCUUUGAUAUGCGGAGGAAUACAAACAGGCAUCACUUCUUUUGGCCAUAAAUACUUUUGUGCUCAUCCCGAUUCCCCAGAUGUCUUUACUCGUCUCACAAAGGGCUAUCUCCAAUGGAUACAUAAAGUCAUACGGGGGUGAACUUGGUUGAUGACUGGAUUUUAUUUUUUUAGUCUCUUGAUGCCUUCUGAUAUAGUGCCUUAGUUUAGAUUGCUUAUUGAUUCAUGCGCAUCUCAUUUAUUUCUCUGCUAGUUGUUGACAUUGUAUUCUAUUUGCAUAGAUGUACAAGAGGUGAAUGAGUGAGAGAGAGCCUUCCUAAGAUCUAGCAAAUUCCAAUAUUCAAGCAAUUGGCUCUGAAAUUCACUCCGACCCCUUUGCAAGAAGGAUUUCCUUAUCACCCAUGAAAAUUUUGUGUUCUCAGGCCUAGACUGAAAAUUUCAGCCUGAAGAGUUGAUUACUUUCUGUCUCUUCUUGUGACCAGAUUGCAAGGCCAUUCCAUUCAAUGAAAGAUAAAUUUAUUUCAACCAGUUUCACUGUACUUCUAAAUUGUACACAAUAAAGCCAGUAGCCUCAUGCAAAUUGCCUAUUAGAUGUCAAUCAGUAUCACAUAUUGGGGUUCAUCAUUUACAGAGAGACAAAAGAAGAGUAUGAUUUUCCUCCAUAGCCUACUGUGAUACUAGGGGAUCCCUGAGGCUCAGUACAAAAAUAUAUAAGCCACUUUGGUGCAGUCCAAAGAAAUAUGUAGGCAACUAACUUCCAUUGAGUUCAGUGGGAUCUAUUUCCAUUUGAGAGUCCUUCCAACAGUAUCCUGACAACAUUUUUUCUCAUUCAGAUAAAAAAUAGAUAUAUACAUAUGAUAUUUUCAAAAAUAUUGACAAUGGACAGCAGUAACAUUAAAAUAUUUUUCUUGACAAUUGAAUGAUGCACCAAAAAUGCUGCUUGAUUCCCCAGCAAAGUUCAUCUCUUCUGCAAAUAGCACUCCCCCCCCACCGCCCCCAGCCUUGAAAUUUAUUAUGGGGGGAAAGCUCUUCUAACCAAAGUCUAAAUCAUUACAAUUUAAUCUUUACUAUAUAAUUUUAAA